AUGGAAGGUAGUCUAAAGACGCCGAGGCCUCUUGAUCUGUCGUCGCAGUCGCCAGACGUUUGGGACGACUGGCUUCAGAGCUACGAAUGGUACGCAACAGCGAUCCAGUUACAGAAGAAACCUCCCGAAGUUCAAGUAGCGAACUUCAUGACUGUCAUCGGCCCAGACGCACAGAACGUGUUCCGAACGCUCCCACUGAGCGAAGACGACAAGAAAAACCUGGACAUCGUAAAGCAACGGUUCAAAGAGCACUCCCACCCGAAGGUCAACCCCACCUACGAACGGUACAGGUUCAAUCAAAUGAAGCAGAAAGAGGGCGAGACUUUCAACGAGUUUCUGACGGCCGCAAGACUACAAGCAAAGAAAUGCAAGUUCGGUGAGCUGACUGAUGAACUACUACGCGAUCGCAUUAUCGUUGGCAUCACCAACGACGCCGUGAAUCUCUGCAAAGCGAGCGAACAGGCGUCACAGCAGCUCAAAGAAAUCGCAAACAAAGAAACGAGGACCGUCGACGCCGUCACGAAGAAGACAAAGCAGCUACCGAGAAAGAAGACUGUCGCGGAGACGAAAGAGCAAGCGCCGGAGAAUUCGGGAAUGGCAAGAAAAGCAUGCAGCUUCUGUGGAGGAUUUCACAGACCAAAAGAAUGUCCAGCGUAUGGCAAGACGUGUAACAAGUGCCAAAAGAAAGGACACUUUGCUGCAGUGUGCCGGUCAAGCAGAAGUAUGGUGCAACACAAGGUCCAUGCCAUCGACAACCACGAAGACCCUGAAGAAAUGUAUAUGUCGGAGCUGAGAACCAAGACAAGCAAAACGGUGUGGCAAGAAGAAAUCCAGUUCAAGUGUGGAACUAAAGUUGUCAUGAAACUGGACACAGGAGCGCAAUGCAACGUCCUCCCAAGCAAGAACGCCCAAGCCAUGAGACUACAAGUGUUUCCUUCGCCAGUCAAAAGAAUCGCAACAUACAGCAAUCACAGGAUGCAAGUGAUCGGUGACGUGAGAGAAGCAUGCACUGUCCGUGAUCAGCCAGCGAAACUGAGAUUCCUCGUCGUGAACUCUGACGUGACACCAGUUCUGGGUCAGAACGCAUGCGAGCUCCUCAACCUCGUGAAGAGAGUGCACACAGUCCAAGCAACACAAGAAGAUGACGAAAUAUUUCAAGGCAUCGGUUGCAUCAAGAACUUUGUCUAUGAUGCCGAUGUCAAAGACGAAGCAAGCAAGAAGCUGGAAAACAAGCCACCAAGAAGGGUUCCAUAUGCACUUAUGGAUGAAGUCAAGCAAAAGCUCACGAGCAUGGAACAGAAAGGAAUCGUCGAAAAAAUCACAGAACCAACUCCAUUCUGCAGUGAAAUGGUUGUUGUGAAGCAGCGAGGAAAGAUCAGGAUCUGCAUCGAUCCAGUGGAACUGAACACAGUUCUCAUAAGACGAAACUAUCCUCACAAGACUUUGGAAGAAAUUGUUGCGCAUGUCAGAGGAUCCAAGCGGUUCACUCUGCUAGACCUCAAGAAAGGAUUUUGGCAAAUGCAAAAGUUCGUGCCCAACCUUGCGGACAAGACUGCACCACUGAGAAAGCUCAUCACCAAGGACACUGAGUUCCUGUGGACAGAGGAACAGAGCAAGGCACUGACCGAAAUCAAGCAAGCGCUGAAGAGUGCACCAACACUCGCAUACUACAACGUUAAUGGUGCUAUGACCCUUUCAGAGGACCAGUACGCACCAACAAUCGUCUACAAGAAAGGAACAGAACUCGUGAUCGCAGAUCUACUGAGCAGAGACUGCAUCAAGAACGAGUCGGCAGGUGCAUAUACAGAUGACAUACAAGUGAUGGCAAUUGUACCCAUGUCACCUGAAACAAUGGAAGAACUAAAGAGGGACAUUUCCCAAGACAAAGAAAUCCAAGAAGUGAUCCAAGCCACGAAAGAAGGAUGGCCAAACACCACAAGAGGGCUCAGUGACCCAAUGAAGCUGUAUUGGUCAUUUAGGGAUGAACCCGCUGUGUAUGAAGACAUGUUGUUCAGAAGCGAUCGGAUAGUCAUUCCGAAGACUUGGAGAAACAGACUGCUCGUCCAGAUCCACGCGGGACAUCUAGGCAUAAACAGUUGUCUAAAGAGAGCCCGCGAGACUGUGUACUGGCCGGGGCUGACGACAGACAUCAAAUGCUACGUGGAAAGAUGUGCCACAUGCCAAGCAACAAACCAAAAACCAGCGAGAGAGCCACUUCAUCUCAAAGAAAUACCAGACCCCCCGUGGGAAAGAGUAGCAUCAGAUCUCUUGAACUUCGAAGGAAAAUCCUACGUUGUCAUUGUCGACAGCUACUCUGGAUACCUAGACAUCAAGAAGCUCUCAGGAGAAUCGUCAAAAGAAGUUGUAAACGUCAUGAAAGUGUGGCUAGCAACUCAUGGCGUCCCCAAAGAGAUUGAAACAGACAACGGUCCCUGCUACGCAGCACAAGAAUUCAAGAACUUUAGCAGAGACUGGGGCUUCCAACACGUGACUUCAAGUCCGAGGUAUGCGCAGUCAAACGGUCUUGCUGAACGAGCCGUUCAGACUGCAAAAGGGAUUCUCCGAAAAUGCUCUCUGGAUAAAAGCGACAUACAAAUGGCCCUCCUCAGUUUCAGAAACACGCCAAGGAGUGAAGAACUGGGUUCACCUGCACAAAGACUGUACAGCAGGAGGACAAGAACUCUAGUUCCCACACACAACAAGCUACUAAAGCCCGAAAUAAUCCAAAGCGUGCCGGACAAGCUGCGUCACGAGCGCAACCAGCAGAAGGCUUACGCUGACCAGCACUCCAAACGAGCCCCUGCCAUGGCCCCAGGCGAUAAAGUCAAAGUUUGGGAAGAAAACAGGAGAUGGGUUCCUGGAACAGUCGCGCCGGCCACACUCAUUGUGACUGUGAUCAUCAACGAUCACAGUCAUCAACUAACAGAAGAGGUCGCGCUCUACUGCAAAUGCCAUUUCCAGGAAGAGCAUAAAACGAUCAAACCAAACGACGCGCACUACCUUGUACAAAAUGAUGUCCCUUUGGAUAACAGAAACCUGGACGCCCCGGUGUCCUUAGACUGCAAGAGACCCUUAGAACACACCUUCGUCAUCUUACCAGACAUAAAGAUCACUAUCUUGCAGAUAUAG